GAGGAGGAAGCUGUGUACUCUCUGCUGAACUUUAUAGCAGAAAUAGAUCGGCAAUUUCAUACCCUACGGCUGUGAUAUAUGUAGAGUAUUUAUUUUAUACAUUUAAAUUUAAUAUAUAGUAUUAAUUCCGUCUAAAACAUGUCGGAAUCUUCGGCUAAACCCACUUUACCGUACAGCAAAUCUAAUGCUAAAGAACAAGAUAAGAAAUUGUUGGAACCGUUUGGGUAUAUUCUCCAAGUCCCUGGCAAAAAUAUUAGAUCUAAACUUGCUAGUGCUUUUAAUUAUUGGUUGUGUAUUCCUGAUGAAAUCUUAACACAAAUCAGUGACAUUGUUCAAAUCCUACACAAUUCUAGUCUUUUGAUGGAUGACAUUCAAGAUAAUUCUAUAUUACGAAGAGGUAUUCCUGUAGCUCAUUCAAUAUAUGGAGUAGCUAGUACAAUAAACUGUGCUAAUUAUACAUCGUUUAUUGCAUUAGAACGAGUAACUGACUUGAACCAUCCAGAAGCAAUAUCUAUUGCUAUAGAGCAAAUUUUGGAGCUUUAUAGAGGACAAGGAAUGGAAAUUUAUUGGAGAGAUAAUUUUACAUGUCCAACAGAAGAUGAAUAUAGGCAAAUGGUUAUUAGAAAAACCGGUGGAUUGUUUAUGUUAGCUAUAAGACUGAUGCAACUGUUCAGUAAAAACAAACAAGAUUUUACAAAAAUUACUGGUAUUUUAGGGUUGCUGUUUCAAAUUAGGGAUGAUUAUAUCAAUUUAAUAUCUAAGGAGUUUAUGCUGCAUAAAAGCUACUGUGAAGAUUUAACUGAAGGUAAAUUUAGUUUUCCAAUAAUACACGCUAUUCGUAGUCAACCCAAUGACCAGCAAGUAAUUCAUAUUCUUCGCCAAAGAACAAAAGAAACCGAAGUGAAAAAGUAUUGUGUGUCACUAUUAGAAAAAUAUGGCAGUUUCGAAUAUACUAGACAAACUCUACAAGAAUUGCAGAAUGAUGCCAGAGAGGAAAUAAAGAAACUUGGGGGCAACCCGUACAUGGAAGAAUUUGUAGCAUCUCUGGCUAAAAUGUGAAUGGUAUUAAAUAAGUGUAAACUUUUUAUUUUUAUAUAAGGUGUUGAAUAAAUAUGUUUCUUAUUGA